AACGAGAAAAAAAAAUCUCUUCUUCUUUUCCUAUUAAACUCUCAAUGAGAGAUCACUAAAUCAUUGAACAGCUUAACCUGCUACAAUUAACGUUUAAUUAAUUGUUGACCAAAGAAAAUCCAAUCAACUCUACUGUUUAAUUGUUCCGUGAAUAGUGUUGAUCAACAAAAUAAUAUGUAAAUGGCUUCAAUUGUGGGUAAAGCCAACAAUCAACUAACCAGCAUUUAUCAAUCAAAUGUAUUGACACUCAAAUCUCAAGUUAAUCAUCAUCGUCAUUUUCACAAUGGAUUUCAUCAUUUAACCAGAAAAUCAUCAGCCUAUAUACUUAAAUUAGUGACAAUUAGCUUAUUAUUAUUUUUAUCUUUAGGAAUCAAACCAAUUAAUUGUUUAAUUUAUGAUGAAAAUUUCCUGGAACAAUUACCAUUACAAUCAAUUGUUUCCACUGGAACUGAGGUUCGUUUAUACACAAGUGAGGAAUUCACCCGAACUUGUUUCACCAAAAUCGAUUACAAAUCGAUGUGCGCCGAGUUUGGACCUAAAUGCGAAUUUAAGUUCGAAUGGUCUUAUCCUGAAUCACUAUUAGAAUUAAUUAAAUCCGGUUUCGAUGCAAGAAUUAGAGUUGAAAAUGAUUUACCAGUUAGACUAAAAUCUAAUCCCGAUUAUGAGAUUUACGCUUCUCACUUGAUUGUUUCCAAUAUCGGUUAUGCUCAUCAAGGAAUCUGGUCUUGUAAUUUUAAAUUCAUUAAUCAAGAUAACGGUAAACUUGAUUCUUGGCAACAUAGUUUCACAAUUGAAAUAAUUGAAAAUGGAGUCAGAGGAUCACCAUGUUUAACUAAUGAUCACUGUUCAAGUUUUAAUUGUACCAAUGAAAUUUGUACAUGUGAUUCAGAUGAACCAAUUUCAUUUGGUGAUUUAUGUUUAAAAGCACCCAAUCUCGGUGAAAAGUGUAUAAUUAAUGCUGAUUGUGAGAAGCAAAUUGAAGACGCUCUGUGUUGGUGCUCAUCAUCAGUAUCUUCAGACGAUAAAGAUUCAUGUUCAGAUCGGAAAACUUGCCAAUGUCCACCUUCAUAUAUCGCCGUCAGUUUGGGCCUAGGUCGACAUCGAUGUCUAAAGAAAGCUCGAAUCGGUGAACAUUGUUACCGAAGUCAACAAUGUGAAGCUGUGGACAUCAACACUUACUGUUCAUUUAAAUCUCGAUGUUCUUGUCGAUCAGGUCAAACCUGUGCCACUCCAAGUAUACGAACUUGUACCGAUUCGUCUGGAUGUAACAGUACCAAUGAAUAUUGUGGUAAUGGACGAUGUCAAGUGGUCAAAGAUCUGUACGAAUCUUGUGAAACUAGUGACCAGUGUGAAGUAAACGCUUUGUGUUCCCCAAGCACUAAAAAGUGUAUCUGCCAAUCGGGAUACAAAUUGUCCCCAGUUAAGAUGACCUGUAUUCCUGAAGGUUACUGUUCAAAUAAUCUCGAUUGUGAACAUGGUUACUGUGACACCGAAACAAGUACCUGUAUCCCGGGUGUCAAGCUAUCAGGUCGCUGUACCGUCACCAAACAGUGUCAAGCUUACGAUGUCAAUAGCUACUGCGAUGGUGACACUAAUCAAUGUACCUGUGGUUUGGGCUAUUAUGUCAGUUCUCAAGGUAUUUGUCUAUUGGACGGUAAAUGUCGUAUCAAUGAUGAUUGUCGGCAAGACGCUAAUGGCCUUUGCUAUUACGAGGAAUGUAUUUACACCAAGAAAUUAUCAUUACCAUGUAAAGAGUCAAGACAAUGUUACCUGGAAACACCUUAUUCUUAUUGUGAGACAACUGACCAGCGAUCUGGUCAAGCUCAAUGUUCUUGUCUUAAUGGUUAUCAAAAUUACGAUGACAACGAUAAAGAUGAUGAUAAUGAUGAUAACGAUGAUAAUCAACCACCGCCUUCAAAUGCUAACUGUAAACAAUGGCGCGAUUGUAAUACGAACAAAGAUUGUUCAAACAUAAUUAACUCUCAUUGUGACCAUUCACAUGCUCGAUGUUCAUGUAACACUGGUUACAAUUUAAAUGUCGAUGGUUAUUGUUACAAGAAAUCCUUGUCACCCACUUCGGACAAAGAUUCAUUUUGGGCUAAACUCUGGACCGAUUAUUAUAUUUACAUAAUCAUCGUUGCCGCUGCUUCCGGAUUCCUUAUGUCGUUGAUCAUUUGCUAUUGUUGUAAAUUGUGCUCGAAAAGUGAUUCCAAUAACGAGGCUCCAAGAAGAGGAAAAAAUUAUCCUCGAAGGACAAGGGAAGGUCUUGACCGUCCAGUUACUGGCGUUUAUAUUACCCAUCAACCCACCGCUCCACCACCACCUUAUUCACCGCCUUCAUCCACACCUCGCCCACCACAAGCUCCACAAACGAUUUCAAGAAACUUUUAAUACUCAUAAUGAAUAAUGAGAAUUCACUGCUUACAUCAUUGCUGUUUUCUAAUUAUGUAAUUAUCUCAUUAUUUCAUUCAUCAGUUACUCUUAAUUGUUGAUUUGAUUAACACUAAUAAUCUUUUAUGAAAAGUUAUAGACUUUGAUGAAAACGGAUAAACAAUUAAAAGUUUGUCACAAAA